AAAUGUAUAUAUAAAUGUAGCUGUAUCAUCUAAACAACAGGAUAACAUACCUAUAAUCAAUGAAGAUUGCAUUUCACUUGUGUCUUCAUUUCAGUCUACUUGUUUUCGUGUCUUGCUACGGCAGUGAUGGAUAUGACCCUCUUCAAACUGCUUUAAAGAUCCAACGUUCUAGAAGAUCAGUAUUGAAUCAUUUAGGUAAUGAAGAUCACUUAGCCGAGCAUUCAAACUCACCAGUCUACAUGGGCCCACAAGAUGGGUUGAAGGAUCUCAACAAGAUAUCCAAUUUGCCAGGUCAGCCAGCCGGAACAGACUUUGACCAGUACUCAGGGUAUGUGACCGUUGACCCGAACCAUGGGAGAGCAUUGUUUUACUAUCUUGCAGAAUCACCUGUCAACUCUUCCAUUAAUCCACUUGUACUCUGGCUCAAUGGAGGGCCGGGCUGCUCUUCGUUUGGAAACGGGGCCAUGAAGGAACUUGGACCUUUUCGAGUUAAUCCUGAUAAUACAACACUGUCACGGAAUAAAUAUGCAUGGAACAACGUUGCAAAUGUCCUUUUCUUGGAAUCCCCGGCUGGAGUUGGAUUUUCUUACUCCAACACGUCUUCCGAUUAUAUAACCAACGACGUACAAACCGCAAAAGAUUCGUAUACGUUUUUAGUUAACUGGUUAGAAAGAUUCCCAGAAUACAAAUCUAGAGAUUUUUACAUCACGGGAGAAAGCUAUGCAGGGCAUUAUAUACCUCAACUUGCACAGUUAAUUCUUCAAAACGACAAGAUCACCAAUCAAACUGUCAUCAAUCUUAAAGGAAUUGCUCUCGGAAAUGCAUAUGUUGAUGAGGAAACGGAAAUGACAGGAAUGUUUGAUUAUUUGUGGACACACGCGAUCAUUUCUGAUGAAAUCCACGAAGGAAUCAUUUCCAACUGCAACUUUUCCGAGGGUGCAACCAUAACAGAUGCAUGUAACGACUAUCAAAAUCAGGCAUACGUUACUAUGAGCAACAUCUUUUCAUAUGACAUCUAUACCCCUUUAUGCUCACCAUUCAGCAAUAGCACCCCAUCGAUAUCAGGAUUCGAUCCAUGCACUGACAGUUAUAUUCUAGGAUACCUGAACACUCCUGUCGUGCAACAGUCGCUUCACGCAAAACCGGUUCAAUGGGAAUCUUGCAAUGACUUCAUCUUUUUAAACUGGAAGGACAUGCCUUUUACAGUGUUGCCUGUGAUUCAGGAUCUAAUGGCCCGUGGAAUCCGGGUUUGGAUCUACAGUGGAGAUACAGAUGGGAAUGUACCAGUGACAACAAGUAGGUAUUCUAUACACAAACUAAAAACGUCAGUGAGGACACCAUGGUACCCAUGGGUGUACAAGGGAGAGGUUGGUGGAUAUGUUGUGGGAUAUGAAAAUCUAACAUUUGUGACGGUAAGAGGAGCUGGACAUUUCGUUCCAAGCUACCAACCAGGGCGUGCUCUAGCAGUCUUCACUUCCUUCUUGGAGGGAAAGCUUCCUACCAAUCGCUAACUAAAACUUUAAGACUAGCAUGUUUAGAUUGAUCCUCAAACAUGGGUCCAAGUUAUAACUUUUGUUGUGUUGUUUUCGUCUUCUAGUUGGUAUCCAUGUUACAUGUGCAACAAUUACAAUAUGCCAUGAAAAGAUUGACGUAAGUUGGUAACCAGAAGGUCAUUUGAAUUCUUAGGCAUACCAACAAGUAAAUGGUAGUAUAAAAUUUGGAUCUA